CAACUCCAGCAGACUCGCCCUGAGCCUGAGGAACGAGCCUCUAAGCAAUUACUCGAGCCAGGGGGACUCCCAACUUCUCUUCAAUUCCCAGAACUUGGUGGAAGCUCAGGCCAGCAAUAUGUACUGUCUGCCAUCACAGAUGGAGUCAGAGCCUUACAAGUACCAUGACAAAUACAAGUCCUUUGCACUGUUCCACGGUGCAGAAGGCAAGGAAAUUGCGUCCAUUUACCAGCCACAGGGGCAGGUGCCAAAACAAUCCUCCAACUAUGUUGAACAGCUGGAGUAUUUAAAGAUGAUUUCAAAAGAAAAUGAGAGAAGGGAAAAAAUGGAGCACAUUUUGUCGGUUAUAAGCAGCAUGGAACAAAAGAUAAACGAGCUUCGAACUGAGCUGACGAGAGAGAGGGAGAAUAGAGAACUGAUGUACUCCGUGGUAUCACAGAUUAACAAUCUGCUGCAGGGAUUGGAAACAAAAGUUGCCAAGCACAAUGAGAUUCUGGAAGAAGUCCUAAACCAACAGGUAAUGAUAAAUGGGAACAUUCAGAAUCACCAAAAUAACUUUCACGAAUUCCAGAGUCAUCUGCUGGGUGGGCAGGCACACUUCAAAGCACACAUGAGUGAGAUGCAUGAGGAAAUCAAAAGCGUAGCAGCAAACCAGAAAAACUUGGCAUUUCAACACGGCUUUUCCCAAACCAACCGUGCUUUGUCCACCGAGCAACUAGCCCGGUGCAUGCCUCAGGUAGUGUGUGGUUAUAAAGUGGAUCCAGUUACAGAUGAGACAGUUAAAAUGGAACUGCAGGAAAAGGUGUUGCCGAGAGCUGUCAAGAGAUUGAGUUCACAGGAGCAACCUACUAGGCCACUUAUCAAUAAUUUGUGCUUAGAAGACAAUUCGGAUGACGAUUCUGAUGACGAGGGGUUUCCACUUCGCCUUAUACAGUUUAAAAAAAAAAUUCCUGUCGGUGAAAUAAAGUGUAGAAGUACAAAGGCUCACCCUAGCUCGAGACCAAAAGAAACGCAAGUAAAAGGAGUUCAGCAUUCAUACCCAAACAGUGUUGUAAAGUCACAUGCGUGCAGUUUCUCUAUGGCAAAUCAGAUUAAGUAUUCAAAAAGGAAUAAAGUCGAUGUGACACAAGAUAAAACCACCUCUAGAGAGGGCACACGUGUUACCUCAAGUCCAAAUUGCGAAUUAUCCGGGUCAUCAAACUCCCGUGAAUUCAAUAACAAUUGUUCGAUAUAUUCAGAUACAAAUAUAGUUUCAGCACACAGUGGUAUAGAUCUGGAGCAAGAAUUGUGGGAUCUAUCUCCCUCCACCUCACCUAUGUCAACAGCAUGUAGCUAUACCUCAUGAAUCUCACAUUAACAGACAUCAUUUGACAAGGUUCCUUACCUGUAACAUCUGGCAGAUGAGCAUUGAUUCAAGCACGUCAAACUCAUGAGCCACAAUGAAUGUCAAAAUUUAUCCAGUUUGCUUCUAUUGAAUGCUGCUAAAAUUAGGCACUCCCAAGAGGCCGUGCAGCCAAUGAGUUGUGUAAUAAAUAAUUUAAUUUUCAUGGAGACAUGAAAUAGACUUUUCUGCAUGUUAUACUCUCCAAUGCAAAUGAUAAUUUUUAGUUAAACAUUAUUUGGUUAUUUUCAAAGAGAAAAUGUACUGUUUACAACAUACUUUGAAAUGUUGCAUCUGUUCAAUGUGUUAAAGAGUUCAACAUGUACUGAUUUAAGUGUUAACCAGACAGAUUAGUUUAUUUGCUUAUAUACCAAUGGGCUUGAUGGCAUAAUUUUUCUUGAAAGCACGUGGUUUUCAUUUGUAUAAUUUUACAUUUCUUGGCAACGUUGAAUCACAAAGUACAAACCUUUACAAUCUAUUUGAAUUAAUCUGCAUAUUUAAAUUGCUUACCGUAUUCCUAUGAAAGAAAAUCCAUUUGUGAAAGCCAACAGUGUUACGGAUAGAAAAUGUAAACCAAGUUUCCCA